AUGGCGUCCGCGAAGGGGAAGGGAGUUCCGUCUCAGUUCAAGGACUUGAGAAAUCAGUUAAAGAAGGAUGAGAAUAGCGCGGAAUCGUUGAUGGAACUGGUUUUGAGACAUGGUCCAGUGAAAAUGCUCGUGAACCAGGACCCGGGGAUCCUUCAUGUGCUGUGUACUGAACGACCAGUGCUGUCGGUGGACCGAGCUCUGGAGAUUUUGAGUGAUCUGGUGUCUGUUCGAGGGGAUAGCGAGUUUGAGGAAGUGAGUUUGGAGAGAAUUGGGAGUGCUGGUAGCGAUAGUGAAAAAUUGGUCGGUGUGAGCUGGGUUAUUUUGAGAAACGCUGUAAGCGACAAACGGUUUACAGAGGCUUUUAAGGUGGUUGAUUUGGUGAAAAGAUAUGAGCAACAGCAGAGGCAGAGGAGGAGAGGGAUUGUAGGGUCAUCAAAAGUCAUUAUUAAUUAUAUUUCUACAGUGUUGGGUGGGAAGAGGUCAGGAGCUUCGGCAUCGGCAUCGGCAUCAGCAUCAGCAUCAUCAGAAUCUGCAAAAGCAUCAAAAUCAAAGUCAAUAUCAGCAUCAGCAUCAGCGGUAGUUGCAGCAGCAACAUUGGUGCCAUCAUUGGCAUUGUACAUUCUGUCUGGACCAGCAGCGUUGCUAGUACCGAUAGUUUACUCGUCGAUAGCUCUUUCGUACUUUGUGCGAUGGCACUUGCUACCAUAUCCGUUCUAUUUGCCCAAUUUGUUCGGGUCUAUAAGUGGCAGUUUGCUCACAUGGGCACCAUCAGUAGGUCCUAUUUACCGGGCUCAACGUCAGCUAGAGCUGGAUAUGGUCAAUCGGAUUGUGGUAGGUUAUAGCGAGCUCGUCGAUAUCAACACAUCCAAUUAUCAUGUUCAUCAUAGCAGAGAAAUGCCACCUGUUGAGCUGGAAAACCUCAUAAACAGCCAGCUCUUAUCUCGUAGUAUGAGACUAAAACCUACACAUGACGAAGCCAUGUAUCAGGAAUACUGGCAAUCAGCAGGCCAAAACCUCGAGUGGGUCGAACCAGAUCAAGAUCCUACUGAUUUGGCACUGGACGAGUCAACCAGCUCUCCAGCAACUGAAAAGCUGGCUCCUAGCAUAAACCGUACGACGGUAUCUCCACAUAAACUGCCAAUUGCAUAG